AACCGUUAGAUGUCGGUAGGUCUGAUGCUAAGUUUAGUUAAUCUUUAUCCCUGUGACGAGUUCAUCCUCAUCAUCUCCUGUGUGUGUGUGUUUUAAAGCCUCUGUGAGCAUCUUCUGGUUCCUCAUCCUCUCAGUUUGUUAUUUAUGAAAACGUGAGCCAGUUCCUUUUCAUGAUUACCCUUCAUUUUGACUUUUAUUUCAUUUCUCCUCGUUUCUGAAACAAAAUUGAAAAUUAGCCUGAAAGACAAACAAAUCAGUGACAGUUAAUGAACAUGAAACAGUUAAACAUAACCUAAAUGGUGAUAUGCACCAUUUGAUCAACGUUCACCUAGAGUUGAAAAUAAAUACAAAAUUCACCUUAAAUCAUCAGUAGUUUGGAGUUAAUUCAGUUGUUUCAAUCAAAAAAACCAAUUUGUUCAUUUGUCAGUCAAAGCCAGUCAGCAAGCCUUGACAGAGGAAACCGAGGCUAUUACAGACAAUGUUUUACCUUUGUGUUUUACUGUUAAUUUUGUGAUAAUCAAUAAUAAUCAACCGAACCACUGCAAAUACAAGUAAUAAACAAAAGUGAUUAAAAUUGAGAAAAGGUUACAACAAAAGGAACCAUGUUACGUUUAAAUCCGAAACGAUAUUCGUGCAUUGAAAUCGACACCUCUAGUUUGGAAUCUCAGUUUGAAGCUUCAGGCUACUUGGAUAAUGUUGAAGUUAAUCAAGCGGAUGAGACGGAAAGGGUUCAGCGUAAAGUGUUCAUGAAUUGGAUUAAUUACCAUGUACCUAAUUGUAUAAAAAAUAAUCUAAUUGAGGAGCUUCGAGAUGGAACCAAGCUGUUAGCUCUUCUAGAGGCACUCACAGGCGAGAAGUUGCCUGGAGAACGAGGAAAACGAUUAAGACGCCCUCAUUUUAUCAGUAAUGUGAAUAUUGUUUUACAAUUAUUGGAGAGACGACGUGUUAAACUUGUAAACAUACACGCAACCGACAUCGUUGAUGGUAAUCCAUGUAUUAUACUUGGAUUAAUCUGGACGAUGAUAUUACACUUUCAUAUCGAAGAAUAUGUUCGACUAAACGCACUGGAGCACCAGAGAGAUUCGACAAUCCCUCAUCAUUCACAGCGACACAUCUCAUCACCAGCACCAAUAAGCUCCGAUACUGCCCGAAGUAGCCUUCGAAGUACUCUUUUGGAUAACAUUAAUCGUCGAUUUGGUCUCAACUUAAAUGAUUUUGGUCGAUCUUGGAGAGAUGGUGAAGCUAUUUUAGCCAUCAUAGACUCUAUACUGCCUCAAUUGAAAGCUCGAGAAAAAGGAAGAGCCGUGAUAACUAAUCGAGCUCGUCUUCAAUUAGCCUUUGAUUUAGCUGAAAGAUAUCUUGGUAUCAUUAAGUUAUUGGAUGCUGAAGAUAUGGAUGUUGACAAUCCAGAUGAACGGUCCAUGAUGACUUAUGCUUCUCAAUUCCUUCAAAAACAAGUUCCAAUCAAUCAGCCAGAAGUUCUCAUGUCCUCUUGUGUUGUACAUUCAACGAAACUUCGAGCUGAUGAGGGAUCAUCAAUAAGAAAAUGGAUUGCAAAUCUGGUGAAAACGGGUAUCAAUCAAUCUAAUCUUGCCCAGUUUCAGCAAGAGCAAGCUGAGUUGAAAAGUGAAUUUGACCGAGUCAAAGAUUCAUUAGACUCUGAAACCAUUCAAAAUUGGUAUCUAAUUGAAAAUGAAUUAGCUAUUGCAAAAUCAAUAGAAGACUGGAUUGGAAUUGCCGAGAAAAUGUUAGCCUCAUAUUCAGUACCAACAUCAGGUGAACAAGUUGAAGAGCAACUUCGCUGCCACAAACUUUUCUUUUCUUGCUUACCAAAAUUGGAAGCUAACUCCAAUCUCUGGGAAUCGAUAGCAAAUCAUUUCAAACAAACAAUUCGGUUAGCCGAUGAAUGGUUAGAAGCCAUGUUGGAAGCUUCAAGACGAUGGGAACAGUAUCACAUAGCAGCAGAUGAAUUGAAAGGUUGGAUAACAACGGCGGAAACCAAGCUAGCAAAUUCGCAUUUGCCACAUCUUAAUCAACAACAGCAAGUCGAUUAUCUGAGUGAUUUAAAGAAAUUUUUCUCCUCAAGAGCGGAGAAUGAAAAGAUUUUGUACAAUUUUGUUGCUUCGUGCAAUGAUGUUUUGGCCACUUUACCAGAAUUUCACCAGACUGGGUUGAAGGAAACUCUUCGUGGACUAGAAAAUCGUUUCCAUGAGAUAACCAACUUCAAAGCUCCCCAACAUUUGAUCCGAUUUGAGUUUGAUUUGACCGAAGCAAACUUCUUAUCAAGACUAACCAAUGAUCCAGAAAAUGAAGAGCCCAUACUGGAAGACUUGAAUGCCAUGGAAAAUUUAGGUACCGUAUACUGGAAACAUUUCAACGAUAAAUCCAUACUUGAUAGAGCCAUGUUCAAUAGAAGAGAGUUUAUAAAGCGAAAAAAGAAACUCCGACAAGAUAUCGCCUUUAUACGCCAGGAGACAAUCGAUUUGAUUUCUGUUGCAGAAUCACAACUGAAAUCUAUUACAUUAGAUAGUCAAAUUGAGGUUCUGAGACACAAUGAAUAUACUUUGAGUAAAAUCAGGGAACAAUUGAAUGUUCUCAGAUGCUUAACCAAUGAAGCAAAUGUAGAUUUAGAGAAAGAGUUGAAAGAAUUUGAAAGUCAACUGGAAAGAUUGGCUGAACAAUUGAAAGCUAAAAAGAAGGAAAAGAUAAUUAAUUGGUUAGAGAACGAAGCUCCACAAAAAUUGGAGCUAUUCCGAUCCGGUAGCGACCAUUCCUUGAAGGAUGAGAUAAAUAAAUAUCGUCAAAUGAUAAUCGAAGAAAAAGAAUUAAAUGAACGAGUCAGAUCUAUUGACGUUCAACUGUCUCUGAUUGAUAUGGAAAGGUGUAAAGUGGGUUCCGUCAAAGAAGCCAAACAGAAAGUAAAGUCGUAUCAAUCAUUGAGAAAUUUAGCACCACAGCUUGAGAAAUAUUUGAAAUUUCUUGAAGAAGUUGUCCUGGUUGAAUGGGAAGCUGUUGAAACAAUCAAAAAUGAUCUCAAGUCAUGGCUUCAGGGUCGCAAAGAGUUCAACAAAGAUGAACUGAAAGAGAAGAAAGAUGAAUGUGACAAAUUGUUAGAAAGAUUUGACAAAAACAGGACAAUAAUUGAAAAACUUGCCUCUGACUCUGCACUACAAUCACUACAGAAAGAUUUGUCCGACAUUAUUUGUAAUUAUGAUCAAUUUUGGAGAAAAAUGGAGGAAGAUGUUAAAAGCAAAGGAAAACCAGAGCAACCAGCGGCUAAUGAAACCAGUGAAAGUCAAGAAACCAAUCCAGGAUCAUCCAGAACAAUAACAAUCACCAAUACAACUCAAUCUUCACCGGAUGAUUCAAGCUCAUCUACUCGCCAAGUGAAAAGUAUAAUUGAAGAAACAGUUCAACGUUAUGAGAAAACAGAAAAAUAUGAAAUAACUCGUCGAGAGAAACGCGAAGAAAUUAUAGGUGGUGACAUUGUUGGAACAGCAUCAAAAGAUAUAACACUACACGUUGAUUCAACCAGAGAUUUUAUCGAAAUUAAAGACGGAGGAGAAGGUGGAAAAUCUGGUGAUCAGAAGAUAUCAGUUUCCCAUUUUGAAGAAACAAAACAGGUACCAACCAAGGUGGAUGAAAUGACAAAAGAAGAGAUGGCCAAAGUUGAAACACUGGUUGAACAAUUGAAGCAACUAAAUGAAUGGUGCAAUAACAACAACCUAGACGCACUGUUGAAGAAAGAGUUACUUGCUUGUGAUGAAAGUAGCUUCACUAAGCUAAGAGAGCUAAGAGAGAAAUGGACUCAUCAGGUUAACCUAUUAGCUAAGCUUUCAGAAGAGUUAACCAGCCUGUUAAGUAAAAUGAAAGAUAAGGAUGAGCAACAAAGUUCAAAUGUAAAUAAAUUGAUUAAGACGGUUGAAGAUCUCUUGAAAACUUCAUUUGAUUUUGAUGGAGCUUUCAAGGUGUUAAAGGAGGCAAUUGCAUUCCGUAAUUGGUUAAAUGAUUGUAAAUGUAAAGUUGAACAGAUUGAAGAGUCGAUCAUCAAGACGACGGAAAAAAAUGUAACUACAUUGGAAACUAUGAAAAAAGAUUUAAUUCAACUACUAGAAGUUAUUGAAACCAUAAAUUUAAGGUUGAUUGAAAAAUAUGUUAAAAUAAUGGAACAGGUAGAAGAGGAGAAAAAGGUUUUAACAAAAUUAGGUAAUAAUCUGGACCUGUUGAAAGAAAAGGUAAUUGCUAAAGCUGAAUUAGAAGCUGAAGCUGCCCGACAAGCAGAAAUAGCAGAAGCAGAAGCAGAAGCUGAGGUCAAAGCUCGUGAGGAAGCUGCAGCCAGGAAAGUUGCCGAGAUGGUUGCUCGAGAGGCUGCCGAAGCAGCAGCUAAGGAGAUUGCUGAAAGUGUGUCUCAAAUACCGGCUACCGAGGCAGUUGAGGAAACUGUUGAAGCUUCAACCCAAGAUGAUGCUACCCUGGAUCGAGUUGGUAGUGAGGAAUCGACCAUUCCAUUGGAAGAAGUGAGAAAAGAUGAUGAUGAUUUAUUCAUUGAUGCGGAAUCAAGUUUAGCUGAUGAUACAUCGUUGAUAGAGAGUGGACCAAGAGAGGAAACUUUUGAAGAAGCUAAUGAAAAUAUUGAAAUUACCAAAGAGGAAUCAGUUGAAGAGGUUGUCACUACAAUGACCGAUUGGAAACAGUAUUAUAAUCAAAUGGCUACUUGGCUUCGAACUAAUGAUGAUAUACUCGAUGUAUUGGAGGAGAAACCGUUCACAACUAUUCAAUCGAUUGAAGAGUGCAUCACACAAAUUGAAACAAUGAGGGAAGAAAGGUUAACUAAAUUGAAACAAGGUUUAGAUUUGAUUGGUAAUAUACCUGAAGGUGCCAGUGGAGAUAACGAUGAUUUAGAAAGCAAAGCCAAGUCCGAUUUGGAUGAAAUUGAAGCUAAAUUGAAUGAGCUUAAUGAUAAAGGUGAUAAAUUGAAGACCAAAUUCCAGGAUAUUAUUGAAAAUCAUAAACAAAUGGUUGAAAAAGUGGAAGAGUUGUCCUCUUGGAUGGACGAGGUUGACCGUAAUGUUGCCAAUAAUGAUCUGAAAGCUGAUUUACUUGAGAAACGCGAUAAACUAGAUUCUCUUGAACGAUUCAAGAAAACACUCGACUCUAAAGCAGAUGAAUUGAAGAAGUUACGUCAACAGGUUGACCAGCUUAAUGGAUUACUUGAUGAACAAGUGACCACACUGAAUGAACGACAUGAAACCCUUAAUGGUUCACUUGAAGAGGCCAUCAAUAAAUGGACUAAAUAUGUAAACGAUCACAGUGGUUUAGACGAUCUUCAUCAAAUGUGUAAAGAAAUAAAUGCAAAGACAGCUUUGCGGUUAAAAGAAAGUGAAGAAAUGGAUGAUCUUGAAGACAAAUUGUCCGAGCUCAACGAUUUGAUAAACAGUAAAGAAGCAAAAGUGACAUUUGAAAGGUUGGACGAACAAUUGCAACGCGUUCUUUAUCAAACCAGUAAUCCUGCUCGAACCAACAUUUCAAAUCCAAUUCGUGAUACGAUUAGGGAAAGAAAUGAAACUCUGAAUAAACUGAAAAGCUUACGAGCAACAACCAAUGAGAAAUUUGCUCUUCUCCAACAAAGUCAAAUGGCUUUGAAACAAGCCACCAAAGCUUUAGAUGAGAUUGAAUACGCUAUUGUGGAAGCUUCAUUAUUUACCUGUUCACUUUCCGAGAAGAAGUCGCAAUGGGAUAAGGCGAAGCAAUUGCUCAGGGAUUGUAAAUUGAUUGAUAUCAGCUCAUUAUCUGAAAAGCCAGAUAUUGCCAAAGAGUAUGCUGCCUUAGUGGAUCGACAUGAAGCUGCUUUGGGUAAAUUACAUGAUCUUAUGGAGAGCAAUGAAAGAGCCUACAAAGAUCAUCAGGCCUUUAAAGAGUCGUGUGACGAUGUUGUUCAUUGGAUGAAAAAUUUGAAAGAUCGUAUUCCCUCUCUAUCAGCUGGUUGUCUUUCCGAUCGUUUAUCUCUGGAAACUACCAUUUCAACUCUCAAUGAUCUUUUGGGUCGUCGGUCAGCUGGAGAUGAGAAACUGAAUAAUAUGAAAGAGUUGGGCGCUAUUGCUUUGGAAACCAGUUCAACCGAUGGUAAAAAGUUGAUCAAUCGUAAUACAGAUAAUCUUGAGAAAGAUUAUGCCUCUUUAUUGGGUGAGAUUGAAAAGACUAUUGAACAUCUUCAAGUUUUAAUGGUUGAAUUGAAAAAGUUCAAGGAAGAGUAUGAAGAUACCAAUGAAUGGUUACAAUCGAUGGAAAGUGAAAUAAAACAAGAACGAACCAUUUGUCGUGGGUCAACUUUACAGGAGAAACAGGCCAAUGUUGCCAUUUGUAAUAAAUUAAUGGAACAACUAGAAAAAGGUCGAGAGGAAACAAUCGGUAAAUUGUGGAAAAAAGAUGUUCUUCUUAAAUCACAUUUAGAAAAUUAUAUUCGCAAUCAAUUGAAACUAUUGGAGUCUAGGUAUCAAGUGUUGACCAAUUUGUUCAAAGAUGUUGCCUCUAAAGUCAACGAGAUUGCUGAAAAUCAUGAGCUAUUCCAUAAUAAAUGUCAACAAGCUCAAAAUUGGAUUAAAAAUGCCUCCGAUAAGCUUGAAUCAAUGGCUGGCUCAUAUGAAGGUAAACGUGAAGCCAUUGAAGCUGCAUUAAAAUCAGUUGGUGAAGUAAUCAAAAGGAAUCAAGAAGAGGGCCAAGUUUGUGUUCAUCAAGCUCUAAGUGCAGGUGAAAAGGCAUUAAGAUCAGCCCCAAGUCAGGGACGUGAUGUCAUCUCUCUGGAAAUACAUGAGAUUCAAUCAAAGUGGGACAGAUAUUUGAAUAAAGUGUCUGAAACUAAAUCCGAUUUAGAGAUGGCUUUAAUUCAAUGUCAAGAACAACAAUUGGCUCGUAACAAGAUGAAACAAUGGUUGAAGGAGCAAGAAGCCCGAGCUGCUGCCCUUAAAGAGGUCAAUUCAACCGAUGAAUAUGGUUCACUCAAGGAAAACCUAAAGUCAAAGAUGAGAAAAUUGAAUUCUUUACUACAAGAUCUAGAAUCUCAUCCGGACGUUCAUUCUGUAACCAAAAGCUCACCCGAGUUACAAUCAAUGUAUGAUCAAUUGAUGACAGGGGUUAAAGAAAAUAUAAAUGAAAUUCAAACAAAACUGGAUCAAAUUGAAGAUUUCAACAAUUAUUGUCAAGAGUUGAAGGAUUGGUUGGCUCGAUCCAAAGAGGAUUUAAGUCGAUGCAGUUCAACAAUAGAGAAUAGAGAUUCAAUCAAUGAAAAAACUGCUCUAUUGAAACAAUUAACUGAUGACGAGGAAGGUCCAGAGAAACUAAGAGCUGCCAUUAGGUGUGCUGAUUUGUGUAAGAAAAAUUUAACCCCCGAAAGAUGCAGUCAACUUGAUGAGGAGAUUGCACGUCUAAGCGGUGAAUUGGACUCCCAUCGGGCAGCCAUUAGUCAGGUUAAAUCAACAUUGGAUGUUGGUCUAGCCAAAUGGGCUGAAUAUGACACACAAUUUUCAAAAUGUUCAACCUGGCUGGCUUACAUUGAACCUCUACUCAAGGAAUUUACUGAACCUCAAGCAAACUUAUUGGCAAAAAGAUCCAAACUGGAAGAGUUUCAGUCAACUCAUUUACAAUCCAUUUUUGAUUGGCAAACAGAAUUUCAUAUUCUCAAUGUUAAAGCUCAAUUAUUAUUGGAAACUCAUGCUGAUUCAAGUAUAUCAGCUGCUUUUACCCAAUUAUCAGCUCGUUACAAUGAUCUGGUUGCUUCAGCUAAAGAUGUACUCCAUGCUUUACAACAACGAUUCCAGGAGCAUCAACAGCAACAAAGUAUAUUAACCGAAUGUUCCGAGUUUGUUGAUAAAACGAGAGAGAAACUGGAAGCCGUCAGGAAACAUUUGUCAUCUUCCAGUUUGGAAGAGUUGAAUACUAAUUUAACCAAAACUCGAGGUAUGCUCGAUUCUUUGAAGGGCCAGGGAGAAACAAAGAUGAGCUAUUUGGAAGAUUUAACCAGCAAAGUAGUUGAACACACACAUUCUGAUGGAGUUAAUGAUGUUAAAGAGGAUAUUGUUCAACUGAAGAGUGAUUUUGAUACUCUUUUGAAGGAAACGGCAGAUACAAGAAGCUCUUUUGAGGUCAAAAUCGAUGAAAUUAACCAGUUUGAAAAGAUUUGGAAUUCAGUCAUUGAGUGGUUUGAAAAUGAUAUUGAAGCAGCAAUGGGUAAACUGGAAAAAGAUGGAGACAAAAGGAUUAUGUUAAAUUUAUUGAGACUCAUUGAGAAAGAUGUCAACACUCACCAGGAAUUAAUAGCAUCAUUGACUGAAUUCAAGGAUAAAUUUCCACAGGCAGAUGAAUUUUUAACAAAUCGUUAUCAUCCAAGGGUCGAGGUUCUCUCGGAGACAAUAAAUCGUCUCAUUGAGGAGAUUAAAACGGACGAGAAAUUUAAAGUUGCAUGUAAAGAAGCACAAGAUUGGAUUAAAUCAGUUCAUGUUUCAUUUGAUGGAUUAGCUGAAAAACCAAGUGACAAGGAGAGUAUUAAACAAAGAUUAACUAUGCUUGAAUCAACAGCAAAUGAUGUUAAUCUGGAGAAGGUUCGCAAGUUAAUUGUCUGGGCCAAUGAGCUAGGUAAAGAAGAAGAUGAAAAAGAGUUUAGUCAAGAAGUUGAUUGGAUAAUGGCAACAAUUGAAGAAUGGAAAAUUAAAAGUAACGAUUGUUUAGAGAAUUGGAUCAAUUAUGAAACUUUAUAUGGUAACUUACUUGAUUGGUGUACAUCGAAGAAUCAAGAAUAUUCAAAUGAAGAUUAUCCAUCCGACCAGGUUGAGCUACUUCUAAAUGAAGUAGCAGAUAAGAAGAAAGACUUCGAUCAACUCAACUGUUUAAUGGAUUCCCUGAUUCCGUUAGCAAAUACAAGUUCACUUAAAGAAGAUUUCAUCAAUUUAACCUCCAUGUACAGUUCAUUGGUAUCAUCACUUCGUAAAAAAGUGGAAAAAAUAAGAACAGUUAAGGAAGCCAAAAGUAAAUUUGAUAAAACAGAGCAACAGUUGUCUGAUUGGAUUGAUGAGACGGUUGACGCUAUUGAAAAAUCCUUUGAAAAUCCAUCUGAUCGAUUAAAUUAUUUAAAAGGACUCCAGAACACAAUUGCCACAGGAUCAUCCUUAAUAUCUUCAGCAACCGAGUUAGCGGCAAGAUUAUCAAGUGAAGAUGAUAAACUAGGAACCCAAGCUAAAGCUCAAUUGGACCAGGCGAAAGACAAAUUUGACCAAAUUACAAGUCAAUUGAAUGGAGAGGUUAAAAGUUUAACUCGGCAAUUGGAUCGAUAUGAAGAAUACAAUACCAAUUUGGACAGUUUAGCUCAAUGGUUAAAGGAUAAUCCAGAAGUAUUUGAAUCCACGCUCAGCUGUAAAGGAGAUCUAUUUGAAUUAAAAGCUACAGCUGAUAAAUUGAAAAUAUUGUCAACAGGUAUCGACAAAAAUAGCUCCAGUUUGACUAAAUUACGUGAAGAAGUUGGUUCGGAUCCAAGAUUGGGAGCCCGAAUUGAUUCUCUCAUUGAUCAAUAUAAUCAGGCAGCGUCUAAUGUUGCUUCAUUGUUAAACAAGAUUGAACAUGACACGAAUCGUAUUCAGAGUUAUCAACAAUUGUUACAGUCGAUUGAGAAAUGGUUACUUCAACAAUCAUACCAACUGAUGGCUCAUCUUUCCCUCUCUAUUAAUACAUUGAGCCAAUGUCGAAGUGAGUUGGCCAAACAUAGGAAAAUAUUGAAUGACAUCGAAACUUAUGGUGCCUUAGAAGAGUUAAGAACGUUAGGUGAAGAGAUUGUCACGGAAUGUGGAUAUGACAGGGAAAAAAUGAUGAGUCAAUAUAAUAAUCUCAAAGAAACAUUCGAAGCUCUAAUAGGCCAAGGUAAACGAAUUGAGGCUCAAUUGAAUUAUGCCCUGGAAAAAUUUGAGAUAUACGAGCAAACAUUGGCCCGAUGUGAAAGCAUUCUCAAUGAAAGAAUGGGCAAAGACAUUCGCAUGGAGUUUCCACCUUUACAGGAAGCGGUGGAAGAACUGGAAAAGGCCAAAAGUGUACAUGAUAAACUGUAUGAGGCCAAAUCUGAGCUUCAAGCGGCCAUUCAGGGCUGUUCAGAGGCAACUGCCGCAGUAAGUAGGCCACCUUCACCAGAGAUACCAAUUAAUCAAGGUUUAAUGAUUCCCGAACGUGAGGUGGAAAUAAAGUGUCGCCUAGAGGACAGUUUGGAUUAUGUUAAACAGCAAAUUACAUCAAUUCAAGAGCUAAUUGAGCAAUGGAAGGACAACAGUGAACAUAAGAUGGGACAUUAUUUUAUUGUUGAUAUUGUUCGACUUUUCCGACGAAUUCAUAGGCCAUCAUGAGAUACAUAACCAGAACACACAGAGAAACUUCUGAAAAG